AUGCCACACAUUGGUUAUGAUAUUAAUGGUAAAAGAAUUAUGAGACCAGCUAAGGGCUCUGCCUUGGAUCAAUUGUUGGAUACAAUCGAAUUACCUGAAGGUUGGACUGGUUUAUUAGAUCAAAAUUCUGGUGCAAGCUUGAAUUUGACUGAAGAAGAAUUGGAAUUGAUCUCUAAAAUUCAGAAGAAUGAAACUACUGAUGAAAGUACAAACCCAUAUGAACCAUUAAUAGAUUGGUUUACAAGACAUGAAGAAAUCAUGCCUUUAACAGCUGCUCCAGAGCCUAAAAGAAGAUUUGUUCCUUCAAAACAUGAAGCUCAAAGGGUUAUGAAAAUUGUUAGAGCCAUUAGAGAAGGUCGUAUUGUACCACCAAAGAAGUUAAAGGAAAUAAGAGAAAAGGAAGAGGCUGAAAACUUUAGUUAUGAUUUAUGGGGUGAUGCAGAGGAAUCUGAGGAUCAUGUCAUGACUUUAAGAGCUCCAAAAUUACCUCCUCCAACUAAUGAUGAAAGUUAUAAUCCUCCAGAAGAAUACUUAUUAUCAAAGGAAGAAAGAGAGGAAUGGGAAACCAUGGAGCCAAGUGAAAGAGAAAAAAAUUAUUUACCUCAGAAAUUUGCAGCUUUAAGAAAAGUCCCAGGUUAUUCAGAAUCUAUUCGUGAAAGAUUCGAAAGAUCAUUAGAUUUGUAUUUAGCUCCUCGUGUUCGCAAAAAUAAAUUAAACAUUGACCCAGAAUCUCUAAUUCCAGAAUUGCCAUCUCCAAAGGAUUUGAGACCGUUCCCAAUUCGUUGUUCUACUGUUUACUCAGGCCAUACAGGAAGAAUCCGUACGCUAUCUAUUGAUCCUUCUGGUCUAUGGUUGGCCACAGGUUCUGACGAUGGUACCGUCAGAGUUUGGGAAAUUUUGACAGGUAGAGAAGUUUAUAAGGUUACUUUGAUUGAUAAGGCAGAAAAUACUGAUGAUAAUAUUGAAAGUAUUGAAUGGAAUCCAGAUAAAACAACUGGUAUUUUGGCAGUGGCAGCUGGUGAUUAUAUCUACCUGAUUGUUCCACCAAUAUUUGGCUUUGAAAUUGAAAAUGCUGGUAAGACUAAUAUAGAAAACGGUUUUGGUUUCGAUACUUUUGGUAACGUUAAAACUUCCAACUUAGAUGUUGAAGGUAGCGAUAAUGAAGAUGCAGACACUAAUGGUGCGGUUAAGAAGACAGUAGCGCAAUGGAAUAAGCCAUCUCAAAAACAAUUGGAAAAAGAUAUUAGUAUUGUAAUCACUUGUAGAAAAACUGUCAAGAAAAUUUCAUGGCAUCGUAAAGGUGACUAUUUCGUUACUGUUCAACCUGAUUCUGGACACACUUCCGUAUUAAUCCAUCAGUUAUCAAAACAUUUAACUCAAUCACCAUUCAAGAAAUCUAAAGGUAUCAUUGUUGAUGCUAAAUUCCAUCCAUUUAAACCACAACUUUUCGUCUGUUCUCAAAGAUAUGUUAGAAUAUAUGACCUAUCACAACAAGUUUUAGUAAAGAAACUAUUACCAGGUGCUCGUUGGUUAUCAAAUAUUGAUAUCCAUCCAAGAGGUGAUAAUUUAAUUGCUUCAUCUUACGAUAAGAGAGUAUUAUGGCAUGAUUUGGACUUAUCCAAUACUCCAUACAAAACAUUGAGAUACCAUGAAAAAGCCGUUAGAUCAGUCUCCUUCCAUAAGAGACUUCCAUUGUUUAACUCUGCUGCAGAUGAUGGUACCAUUCAUAUCUUCCAUGCUACAGUAUACGAUGAUAUGAUGAAGAAUCCAUUGAUUGUUCCAUUGAAAAAAUUAACUGGUCAUAAAAUUACCAAUAAUUUAGGUGUUCUAAAUACUAUCUGGCAUCCAAAAGAAGCAUGGCUUUUCUCUGCAGGUGCUGAUCAUACAGCUCGUCUAUGGACUACAUAA